AUGUCAGGACUUUAUCAGAGGGUACCUGGGAGGCAGAGAGCACAGCAGCAGGUGCCUCUCAACCAAAUCCCAGGAGAGGAGAACCCUAUUUUUCUCCCUUUGGAUGCCAAAUAUGACUGGCUUUUGGUCAAAAUCUGGGUGCGUUCCAGUGACUUCCACGUACACCAGACCAUCACCCACCUUCUGUGCACACACCUGGUAUCUGAGGUUUUUGGUAUCGCCAUGUAUCACCAGCUACCUGCUGUGCACCCCAUUUUCAAGCUGUUGGUGGCACAUGUGAGGUUCACCAUCGCCAUCAACACCAAGGCCCGUGAACAGCUCAUCUGCAAGUUUGGCCUCUUUGACGAGGCCAAUGCCACUGGAGGUGGUGGGCAUGUGCAGAUGGUGCAGAGGGCCAUGAAAGACCUGACCUAUGCUUCCCUGUGCUUCCCCACGGCCAUCAAGGCCCGGGGCAUGGAGAGCACUGAGGACAUCCCCUACUACUUCUACCGAGAUGAUGGGCUGCUGGUGUGGGAGGCCAUUCAGAUGUUCACAUCUGAAGUGGUGGGCAUCUACUAUGAGAGUGACCAGGUUGUAGAAGAGGACCAGGAGCUUCAGGACUUUGUCAAGGACGUUUACGUAUAUGGCAUGCGGGGCAAGAAGGCCUCAGGCUUCCCCAAGUCACUCAAGAGCCGGGAGAAGUUGUCCGAGUACCUGACUGUGGUGAUCUUUACGGCCUCGGUCCAGCACGCAGCGGUGAACUUUGGCCAGUACGACUGGUGUUCCUGGAUCCCCAAUGCUCCCCCAACCAUGUGUGCUCCACUGCCCAAGGCCAAGGGAGUGGUGAACACAGAGCAGAUCGUGGAUACUCUGCCCGACCGUGGCCGCUCAUGCUGGCAUCUGGGUGCAGUGUGGGCUCUGAGCCAGUUUCAGGACAAUGAGCUGUUCCUAGGCAUGUACCCAGAAGAGCACUUCAUUGAGAAGCCUGUGAAGGAGGCCAUGGCCCGAUUUUGCAAGAACCUGGAUGCCAUUGUCAGUGUGAUUGCUGAGCGCAACAAGAACAAAAAGCUGCCCUAUUACUACUUGUCUCCAGACCGAAUACCGAACAGUGUGGCCAUCUGAACCCUGCCUGUGGCAGUCUCACCCGAGGAAGGCCAGCCAGACUCCAGCUUGUGUGGCAGGCUCUGGGGCUGACCUCCUGGCAGCUCACCUCUCUUCUACCAAGCCUAGCAAGUGUGUUGGGGUUUCCUGAUGGGUCGGUUACAAACCAAAGUCUCCUCCAGAAUGUGUCAGGUUGUACCAAAGCUUCAGAGCAUUUUCCUGUUUAUC